AUGGCAGCAAUUGGAAUGCCUCCGCACCUUUUAGCCCUCUUCCAAGCCCGCCAGCCCCUCGAGCCCCUCCCCGCGCUGAAGUCCAAACAGCCGCGCCCCUACCGCGGCCUCGCGGACUUCGUCAAAAAAUUCGAAAACGGCCCCGCGCCCGCAGCAGCAGCUUUUGAGACUCCGCGGCAGCGGCAAGAGAGAGCCAAGCGGCAGCGGCUGCUGCAGCACCUGCAGCAGCAGCAGCAGCAAGCAGCAGCCUAUAAACCAUUAGAAGAUCCCAGGAUUCAAGGAGACCCUUUUGCGACUCUUUUUGUCGGAAAAUUAAACUUCGAAACUUCGGAAAAGAAACUAAAAAGAGAGUUCGAGGUGUACGGACCCGUGAGGAGGGUAAGAGUAGUCCGCGACGCCCAAGGCCGCGCCCGCGGCUACGGCUUUGUGGAGUUCGAGAGAGACAGAGACAUGAAAGAAGCUUACAAGAAAGCAGAUGGAACAAAGAUAGAUGGAAGAAGGAUUUUAGUUGAUGUUGAGAGGGCCAGGACAGUUCCUGGAUGGCUUCCGAGGAGGCUGGGGGGGGGCCGGGGGCCCCCCAGGGGGGCCGGGAGGAACCAGCCGGACAUAAGUUCGUUGGUGGCGCAUAUAGCGGCGCCGCGGGAGGAGAAGGGGCGGGAGAGGGAGCGGGAGCGGGAGCGGGAGCGGGAGCGGGAGCGGGAGCGGGACAGGGAGAGGGAGAGGAGGCACAGGGAGGAUAGGAGGAGGAGCAGGAGCAGGAGCAGAGAAAAAAGGAG